CCGGGCUGACUGGAGCCCCUUAGCUAAACUUUGUUAGCGAUUGGACGAGUUAAAUUAAGCCACACUGCCAACUCAAUUUGCAUACUCAUUACGCUCGGUGAUUAGGCGACCAUCUAGCUAGCCAGUCUGUAGCUCUUAAGGCAAGGGGAUGGUGAAUCGGUAACCUUGGGUAGCAGGAAGGUGCCUGAGGACCAUGUUGACUCGUUUGUUUAGGCUGCACGGCCUGCUGGUGGCUUCCCACCCUUGGGAAGUAAUAGUGGGCACUAUCACCCUCAACGUCUGUCUCAUGUCUGUGAGCAGCUUUGCAGCCAGCAACCAAGUGUGCGGCUGGAAUGAGUGCCCCAAACUCCAAGAGACAAUUCAGAGCAGCGAUGUGAUCAUUCUAACGGUCACUCGCUGCAUGGCUAUUAUCUACAUCUACUUCCAGUUCAAGAAUCUCCGGCAACUGGGCUCCAAAUACAUACUAGGUAUUGCUGGCCUCUUUACAGUUUUCUCCAGCUUUGUUUUCAGUACAGUGGUCAUUCACUUCUUUGGGAAAGAGUUGACAGGCCUGAACGAAGCCCUGCCAUUCUUUCUCCUGCUUAUUGACUUGUCCAAAGCCUGUGCAUUGGCCAAAUUUGCCCUCAGCUCAAACUCUCAGGAAGAGGUAAGGGAAAACAUCUCCCUGGGAAUGGCCAUUCUGGGCCCCACCUUCACCUUGGAUGCCCUAGUGGAGUGUCUGGUCAUUGGGGUUGGCACCAUGUCAGGCGUGCCCCAGCUGGAGAUCAUGUGCUGCUUUGGCUGCAUGUCAGUCCUGGCUAACUACUUCGUCUUCAUGACCUUCUUCCCUGCGUGUGUCUCUCUUGUCCUGGAGCUCUCGAGGGAAAGCCGUGAGGGCCGUCCUAUCUGGCAGCUGAGCCAUUUUUCCCGUGUGCUGGCUGAAGAAGAGGAUAACAAGCCUAAUCCCGUCACCCAAAGGGUUAAGAUCAUCAUGUCUUUGGGCCUGGUCUUGGUCCAUGCUCACACUCGGCUAGCGGCUGAACAGCCGGGUCAGAAUCGCAUAGCGGAGCGGCCUGUUGCUAAGACACUGGACUCUGAUGGCACCAUGUGGCCUCUGCAGCUCUCCAGUAUGGACCUGGAGCAGGUGAUUACUCUGGGGCUCGCCCUGCUCCUUGCUGUGAAAUACGUGUUCUUUGAGCACACGGAAGCCGAGUCCUCCCUGUCCCUGAAGAGCCCUCUUAUCAGCUCCCCCACUGGCCCGAAGCACGGGGGGUCGGGGGAAUGCUGCAGGAGGGACUCGCCCGCACCCAAAGCCCAGAAGACAGCAAACAAUAUCUCAGCAACCAAUCCCACGUCCUUUAAUUUCCCUGACACAGCCUCCAAAGAACAGGAGGUAUCAUCUGCUCCUCAACCGAAAUUUCCCGCGGAGCCCCGAGAGCUAGAUGAAUGUUUGGCUAUCCUCGCUGAUCCCCAGAGGGGAGCCCGUUUCCUCAGCGAUGCGGAGGUGAUGAAGUUGGUGGCCUCACACAAUAUCCUGCCCUAUAAACUGGAAGCAGUCAUGGAUAAUCCGGAGCGGGGCGUGGCUAUCAGGAGGGAGAUGCUUUCUCCCAAACUGCCCGUCCCUUAUGCUUUAUCAUCCCUGCCUUAUAAGGACUACAACUACUCUAAGGUAAUGGGCACUUGCUGUGAGAACGUCAUUGGCUAUAUGCCAGUACCAGUAGGAGUCGCCGGUCCACUUCUUUUAGAUGGGAAGCAGUUUUACAUUCCUAUGGCAACCACAGAGGGCUGCUUGGUCGCCAGCACCAACAGGGGGUGCAGAGCGGUUGCUCAGAGUGGUGGCUGCAGCAGCAGGGUGCUGGCUGACAGUAUGACCAGAGGUCCAGUGGUGAGGUUUCCUUCAGCGUGUCGGGCGGCGGAGGUAAAAGCCUGGCUUGAGACCUCAGAGGGCUUCAGCAUCAUCAAGGAGGCUUUUGACCACACCAGCAGGUUUGCGCGACUGGAGAAGUUGCUGAUCGGCUUAGCUGGACGAAAUCUUUACAUUCGCUUUCAGUCCCAGACAGGAGAUGCCAUGGGCAUGAACAUGCUCUCAAAGGGAACGGAGCAGGCUUUGUGCAGACUCCAGCAGCAGUACCCUGAGAUGAAGGUGCUCUCAGUCAGUGGGAAUUACUGCACUGACAAGAAGCCUGCUGCGCUGAACUGGAUCUUGGGCCGGGGCAAGUCUGCUGUGUGUGAGGCCACCAUCCCUGCCAGGGUAGUCCAGGAGGUCUUGAAGAGUAGUACAGCUGCCCUGAUAGAACUGAAUAUCAAUAAAAACCUGGUGGGCUCAGCCAUGGCUGGCAGUGUAGGGGGCUUUAAUGCUCAUGCUGCCAACAUCGUAGCUGCGAUCUACAUCGCCUGUGGACAGGACCCCGCUCAAACUGUCGGCAGUUCCAACUGUAUAACGCAAAUGGAGCCGGCUGGUGCUGAGGGCGAGGACCUGUACAUCAGCUGCACCAUGCCCUCUAUAGAGCUUGGCACAGUAGGUGGUGGCACCAACCUGCCACCCCAGCAGGCCUGUCUACAGAUGCUCGGUGUUCAGGGUACGAGCAAAACCCAGCCGGGCGAGAACGCCCGUCAACUGGCCAGGGUGGUUUGUGCCACCGUCCUGGCAGGAGAACUCUCAUUAAUGGCAGCCCUAGCUGCGGGGCACCUUGUCCGGAGCCACAUGACCCACAAUAGAUCUAAAGCGAAUGUGUGUGAGACGACCUCUUCAGCGUCAGAGAACGGCGUAUGACUGAAAAACGAUGGUUGCGUUCGAGUGCGCGGUGGAUCCUUGAAGUCUCAGCAGCCGUAAAGAAACAGUUUGUCCUCUUUACGGCCUGAAUCCUCCAGCUCAGAAAAGAAACUUCACUGUCUGAUUAACACUAAAGCAGCUUUUAAUUCAGUGGUUAUUAACAGUGUUUUGGGGUCAUAAGCCGAUGGAACAGCUGACGGGCCUCGUUCAGACCGCCAGCCCAAAUCCGCUUUUUUGGCAUAACCAGAUUGUAUCCAGAUUGACAUAUAGAGUCUAAGUAAACAGGGUCUAAACCACAUUUGGAGGUGGUUUUGAAAUGCGGCUCCAAUCAGAAUUCUACAGACGCAUCUCAGUUGGGCCGCUCAAGUCGGAUUUCAAACUCUUUAGCGCCAUGCGACGCAGCGGCGACGUCAAAUCCAGAGUGCCCCACAGGACUGCAGCACCAUGUGUACCAGAGGGCGCGGUGAUGCAGCUCCAGUUCUCAUUUUUCUGCCUUAGUAAAUCGCGUCAUCAGCGUAUGUAGUUACACUAGCCCGUGUCGUUACCACGGCAACCCAUACAGAUAGGCUGGUGAUGUCUGGGCACACAAAUCGGAUCUGACCGCUUGCAGAUAACAGGGCGGACAGUCUGUCUGGUUUGAGAAUCAUCUGAUUUGCCUGCAGUCUGAAGAAGGCCCGACACCAGAAGCCAAAACGUGCUAAAGACGACAACAGACACGCAACCGUUUUUUUGUUUUGUUUUGGGGUUUGUUUGUUUUCUUGUCAAGCUUUUGUGGAAGACACAUUUGUGCCAUUUGUCUGCAUUUGGAUUUUGCAGUAGUGUUGCUGAGUUUAUUAGCAUCAUGUAUUUAUUGUGAGGCAGCCUUUAAUGUUUGCACUAAUGUCUGUGAGACGACACCGAGCCGUCGUUUGGGUUCGGGUCGGGCAGACCGAGCAUGCUGUGCAGAGUAACCUUCAUCCUCUGAAUCGUUCAUCAUCGUCAUAAAAGAAGAACAAACACUUUACACGCGGACGUUUUCUCCACGUGGUUUUCGCCAUGGAACCCCACGGAAGGAAGUCCUCGAGCUGCUUUAUUAAUUACAUACGGUCACACGCGCGGGCCAGACCCGUGUCUCGCGGUGCCGGAUGUGGCGGUGCAGGACGUGAUGCCAAGUGGGGUCAACCACACACACGUCUUUGCUAUUGGUUGAACCCUCCUAACCUGGGGAGGGAAAGGUAGUUAUUUGCAUAAUGUUCUAAUUUAUUGUGUUUUUUUUUUUAAUUGGCUGAGGAUUUUACUGUGUACUUGUGUUUUUGCUCAUAGUGUUGUUGUGUUUCUGUCUCCUGUGUGUUAUGAGUGCUACAUGUGUGCGUCCCACUGCUGCAGUAACCAAUCGCCCCACUGGGGACAUAAAAAGCUAUUGAUACGAGGCUGCGGAUUCGCUGGUCAAAGUUCACCAAAGUUGUCGGGCGUCCGGGCAGCGUGGCGGUCUAUUCCGUUGCCUACCAACAUGGGGAUCACCGGUUCGAAUCCUCGUGUUACCUCCGGCUUGGUCGGGCGUCCCUACAGACACAAUUGGCCGUGUCUGCGGGGGGGCGGA